UGCCUUUACCCCACAUUGUUUCCGCUCAUUCCUUUCCUUUCAUCCAUUAUCUCUUCGUCUUUUUCUUUUUCUCCUUUAUGGCGCCCAUUCUUAAUCAUCCAACCGGCGUGUCAUUUAUUGACGACCAGGCAAGCAAACCCGUCAAUGUUGAUGCUGCCACUUAUUACGGAGGCGGGGAGUCAUUUACACGUUCCCGGACGUACAGUCACUCUCACAUCCAUGGCUACAAGCCUAAGCGAGCACCGGCCUUUGAGGAAGACUGGCACUUGAGACCACGUCGUAUGUCCCAUGACGAGAAAGCCGUCACCGCUCCUAGGCGGUUCCUGAUUGACGUCGAGGAGACCAUUCGAGUCGUUCUGGAGCAGGAAGAUACCGACGGAGACCUUCAGAUAAGUGUCACCGACGCUGGCCCGAAGAUGAUGGCGUUGGGAACGGCGACGAGCAAUGGUUUUAAGACAUUUGAUAUUCGGGGCACAUAUAUGCUCUCCAAUCUGCUACAAGAGCUUGCUCUCGCACGCGACCAUAAUAGAAAGAGAAUCGUCCUCGACGAAGCCAGGCUCACCGAGAAUCCUGUUGAUCGUUUGUCACGUAUGAUCAAGAACUCGUUCUGGCACUCCCUGACGCGGCGUAUUGAUGGUGACGGCCUUGAAAUCAUUACUGCUGAUCCAAAGAACCGCACAGGUCGAUCCAGCCCACGAAUUUACGUUCCCUACGGUGAACCUGCCAUGGCCGAAUAUUAUCGAAAAGUCGCUAAAGAGAAGCCACACAUGAAUCUUGAUGUACAGGUUCUUCCCGAGAAACCUGACGACCCCGCUUUCGUGAAGAGCCUAAACUCUAAACCUGGCAUCCUCGCUCUGGCAAUGAACGAAGUAGACGAUGGCAAAGGUGGAAAGACCUUGAAGGGCAUUCCCUUCAUCGUUCCUGGUGCACGAUUCAACGAGCUCUACAACUGGGACUCAUACUUCAUAUCUCUAGGACUCCUCGUCGAUGGCCAGGUGACUAUGGCCAAAGGCAUGGUCGACCAUUUCAUCUUUGAAAUUCGACAUUACAACAAGAUCCUAAACGGCAAUCGAAGCUACUAUCUUUGUCGUACACAGCCACCAUUCCUCACAGACAUGGCUCUUCAGAUCUACAAUCAGCUCGACCAGUCUGACGUUGAUGGCAACCGGGCUUGGCUGAAACGCGCUAUUCAAGCAGCUAUCAAGGAGUAUCACACUGUGUGGGUUGCGGAGCCUCGCAUGGAUCCCAAAACCGGACUGUCGCGCUAUCGCCCAGACGGCCUCGGGAUACCUCCCGAGACGGAGGCCUCUCAUUUCACUCACAUCCUUGAGCCCUAUGCCGAGAAGCAUGGCCUUUCUGUUCUGGAGUUCAGCGAAAAAUACAACGACGGAACGUUGCAGGAGCCCCAGCUAGACGAGUACUUUCUGCACGAUCGUGCCGUACGCGAAUCUGGACACGACACUACGUAUAGGUUUGAAAAGCGGUGUGCAAACCUUGCGACCAUCGACCUGCAGGCGUUGCUAUACAAGUACGAGGUUGACAUCGGAACUGCAAUCCGAGAGGUGUUCGAUGACGAACUUGAGUUGGAUGAGGAUUUCCCGCUGUCACCGUUCCCUCCUUCAGUGGAAGCAUAUUCGAACCCUCGCAGGGAAAGUUCACGCAAGAGGGUUCAGCGGAGUGAUGAGUGGUUCAAGAGGGCAGCGUUUCGGAAGGAGAUGAUUGACAGGCAUCUUUGGAACGAAACGAAGGGUCUUUACUUCGAUUACGAUACGGUUAAAGAGAAGCAGAUAUUGUAUGAGAGUGUGACCGCGUUUUGGCCACUUUGGGCUGGCUGUGCCAGUGAGGAACAAUGUCGGAAGCUUGUAUCGCAUUCAUUGAAAAAGUUCGAAGUUCUGGGUGGUGUCGUGUCAGGGACCGAAGAGUCUCGCGGGAAGAUUUCCUUGGACCGGCCUAACCGACAGUGGGAUUAUCCGUAUGCAUGGCCUCCUCACCAGAUCGUGAUUUGGGUAGGGCUAGAACGAUAUGGAUAUCUCGAAGAAGCGCAACGACUAGCCUAUCGUUUCCUGUAUAUGAUGACCACUGCUUUCGUUGAUUUCAAUGGGGUCGUUCCCGAGAAGUUUGAUGCCGUCAAGCUGUCGCACCUAGUAGAUGCGGAGUAUGGCAAUCAGGGUGUUGACUUCAAGAUGGUGCCGCGUGAAGGUUUCGGUUGGAUGAACUCCGCGUAUCAGGUCGGCUUGUCGUUCUUGACGACACACAUGCGUAGGGCUGUUGCUGCGUGUACCAGCCCGGAGGUCUUCUUUGGCGCUCCCUCUGGGACUGAUUCUGUCAUUGCAAGCCGAAAUGUACCUAUGACUGAUCCCCUGGGUCUAGCCAUGGAUGCCCUUGAUAUUACUUCGCAGUAAAUGCAUAGAUUUAACUUACCUCUGUCGCUCCUGUUUUGUCGAACGGGUUUUUUUCCACCUUUUAUUUAUGCUCGAGGAUUCAUUACUAAUUUGGGGCAUUUUAUCCUCGAUGUACCACACUGUAGAUCAUACAGUAACCAUCCAAUCAAUUCGACUCCGUACCUAUCAUAGUUAUAGUAAUUCUUGUUUUCGCGUUUUCUUCCGUGAGCGUAGACCAAGUUGUCGAGAUGCGUGUUGAUAUGGAUGAGGCUACUCCGCCUGUUGAAG